UCUCUGCUCUGAUUCUUCCCUACACGCAGGAAGCAGCUUCACAUACAGGUGGACCGACUCCGGGCUACUUUUAUAACAGAUCUUACAGGAUGAACAAUGACUACACUGAGGUCAGUCCCUCUGAUCCCUCCAUCGACACCUACACCACCCCGCUGUUCGCCGUGAAGGCCGAGAUCGGCUACCAGCACAAGAAGCGUCGCUACGUCCGCAAAGAUGGCAACUGCAAUGUCCUGUUCCGCCAUGUCCCUGAGGAGUGGCUCAUGUACGUCACCGACAUCUUUACUACGCUGGUGGAGAUCAGGUGGAGGGUUAUGUUCCUCAUCUUCACCCUCUCUUACAUUCUCUCCUGGCUCUUCUUCGGCAUCCUCUACUGGUUGAUCGCCCUGGCUAAUGGCGACAUGAAGGACCCUACCAACGCCCCUUGUAUGUACGAGGUGAGGGACUUCACUGCGGCUUUCCUAUUCUCAUUGGAGACCCAGACCUCGAUCGGUUACGGUUUUAGAGGGAUGUCGGAGAACUGCAUGGUGGCAAUCAUCGUCGUGACCGUGCAGGAUGUCAUCAGCUGUUUUAUUGAUACAUUUGUCAUCGGUAUCGCUGUGGCGGAGAUGGCAUCGACACGGAAACUGACGCAGACGGUAGGCUUCAGCAACUGCGCUGUCAUCAACCUGCGAAACGGACGUUUGUGCCUGUCAUGGAGGAUCGGGGACUUCCGCCGGCACCACAUGGUGGAGGGGACGGCUCGUGCCCAAAUCUUCCGCCCCACCAUGCAUGCCACGGGGAGGGUGGACGUCAACUACAAGGACCUGGAAAUCAAACAGAGUGAUAUCCUUUUAGCCAUACCAACCACCAUCUUCCACAUUAUUGAGCCCAGUAGUCCACUCUACCGCAUGAGCCUGGAGGAUCUUCGGAAAGACGAUUUUGAGCUUGUGGUGUCCUUCACCUACACGGAUGACUCGACGGGCAUCCUGCGCCAGACUCGCACCUCCUACACACCCGACGAGAUCCAUUGGGGACAGCUGUUCCAAGAGAUGCUGAAUGUAAACCUGGAGUACUACAAGGUAAACUAUUCCAUGUUCCACCACAUUGCUAAGGUCCUGGUUCCGGAGGUCAGUGCUGAGGAGUACGAUCAAAUAAAGCUUCGGCGUUCCCCACGUCACUCCCCGCGCCCCAAGCGCCCGAGCAUGGAUGGCACACCCCCGAUGGUGACUGUGGAACUGGUCAAAGGCACCACAGAACCUGAGGUACAGGCAGCCACGGUUGCUACUAUCGCAGCAGUUUGUGAGGACCACGGACAUUUGUGUCUUCCAAGGAACCCCAUUCUGACGUAGGAUGUUCUGCUGACAUGGCGAUACCAACACAAUUUCAUUGUAACUGGCCAAUGGCCAUUCAGAAACAUGGCCAUUGCAGUCUGCCUUUACUAUUGUCCAGACUCAGCUCUGUAAGCUGAAGUUGCUUUUAAAUGCUGAAAAGAUAAAGUAUUGUUUUUCCAACUAACAAGUACUUGGGUUUCUUGAUAGAUGAGUGUCUCACCUUUAAACCCCACAUCAUAGGUCAUGUACUUGGGUUUCUUGAUAGAUGAGUGUCUCACCCGUUAAACAUCGUAGGUCUUGUGAAAAAGCUUAAGCUCAAGUUGAGUUUAUAUUGUAUGCCCCUGUGAUGUCAUUACAUAUGCUGGACACUGUGUACCAUGGGGCGUUCAGGUUUGUUACUAACUCCAAAGCCCUCACUCAUCACUGUACCCUCUUUUUGAGAGUGGGCUGGUCUUCCUUAGCACUUCAGAGAUGAAGUCAUUGGUACAUUUUUAUUUAUAAUGCCACUGGCAUUAAACAAAGCAUGUGUGUCCAUGUAUGCUGAUGAUUCAACCAUAUACACAUC